UUGCACACAAUUCAAAGCAGUUUCCGCAGGCGGAUCUUGAACGUGUCAAGCUCUCCAGGCCUCUGUCGCGGCUCAAGUGUAUUCGUCAAGAUGGCUUCCCUCGAGACAAUACAGCUCGAGCAUGUGCCCGCGACGCACUCAGUCCACGUCGCAGUCUACAAGGACGUCCAGAACGCCGACUUCCUCCAGCAGCAGCUGCUCGCCCGCAACCAAGAAUUCGAGUAUGCCUUCAUUGACGCUAGCUGCGUCGUCUCAAGACUACAAGUCCUCGCGGCCGUGCACAAGGCCAUCAUGAUACAAUCCGGCGGGAACAUGAAGACGCCAAACAUCCAUUCCGAGAUUGUAUGCUCGCUCAGCCCGACCAACAAUAUCUCUGAGGCAUACAGACGCUUCGGGAUAACCCCGACGAGCAAGGACAUGAUCAUCGUCAAGGUCCUCAUCUCGUCAUCGUCAUCGCAGGCCGCGACGACGACAAGCACCUCCACAGCAGAAACGGUCGCCGCUCACCUGACAGCCCACGUGCAGGGGCAGCCGGCGCCGUUCACCGACGCCGUGAUCGCACAGAGCACGGACUGGGCCAAGGUGCGCAAGUACUACAAGCUCAACAGCGGCGUGGCCGUGCUGGACGCCCUGCCGAAGGGCGAGGCUGGCGAGGACGCCCGGAGGAGGGAGGUCGAGACACUCGUGCUGGGUGGGAUGGCGCUGAGGGGGCUGUAAGGCCGGGGCGACGAUGUACUGCUCCUUCACUAGCCUGCCCCAGGGACCGCGGGAGGCGAAGAUACCCUGGAUCUGCGAUGGCUGAGAAGGGGGGGUGAAACGGGAGGAAGAAGAAGAG